UGUGCCAUCUUUGACGACAAAUAUCCCAUCUGUGUUAUUUUUGUUCUCAAAAAGUAUCGGAAAGUAUGAUCGACCACUAAAUGUCCUGAAAUAACCCAAGCAUACAUUUGGUCUUAAUUUAACGUGAUUAUAAUACCGUACAAGUCAUCUGAAGAACAUUGUCGGCGAGAUGUCGCUUGUGGAUUUGGGAAAGCGCUUGUUGGAGGCAGCACGUAAAGGACAGGAUGAUGAAGUGAGGUCUCUUAUGGCUAAUGGAGCUCCUUUUACAACAGAUUGGCUGGGUACCUCACCGCUGCAUUUAGCUGCACAGUAUGGGCAUUACUCCACCGCUGAGGUGCUUCUCCGUGCUGGGGUGAGUAGAGAUGCUCGCACUAAAGUCGAUCGGACCCCCCUCCACAUGGCUGCUGCAGAGGGCCACUCAAGCAUUGUUGAAUUACUGGUUAAGAGUGGAGCAGACAUCAAUGCCAAAGACAUGCUGAAAAUGACUGCCCUGCACUGGGCUACAGAACACGGACACAGAAUGGUCGUAGAGCUGUUGAUCAAAUACGGUGCUGAUACUCAUUCCCUGAGCAAGUUUGACAAGACACCUUUCAACAUUGCAGUGGACAGAGGAAACACAGAUUUGAUGCUCUUGUUACAGGAGGGAAUGCAGAAUCAAGUGGACAUGAAUCCAGAGAGGACUAUCAUAAACGGCCCAUCUCCUGCCACUACCAGCCCUCAGUUUAUAAUCUCAUCAUCAGGAGUUGUUAAUCUCUCUGAUCUUGUUCUCACCAAUGCUAAAACUAACACAGCUGCAGAGAGUGUGAUUGCUGCUGACUCGGUGGAUUCAGCUAUUCAGCAUCUUGUAGGGGAGGAUGGCCAGAGAGUCUUCACCAUAGUAACAGACCAACAGGGUAACCUGCAGCCUGGCAACCUGGGACAGAAAUUCUUUGUCACAAUGCAAGGGCAGCAAAUGGUUGCAGUGCCGGCUAGUCAGAUUGCUGAGGAAAUCGUCACUGAGGAACCCAAACCAGCUGCAUCACAGAAGAGGAAAUUUGAAUCAACUAUCAACCACACAGAUACCAAACCUAAGGGGCUGAUUGAGAAGGACAGUCGGGAGCAGUUGGAGCAGCAGCUGAAAGAGGCAAACAGAAAAGCCCAGGAGUACCGGCAGCAGUUACUCCGGAAGGAGCAGGAAGCUGAGCUGUACAGGCUUAAAUUGGAGGCUAUUGCCAAUGGGCAGACGAAUGGUACCAGUGCAGAGCCCCAGGAGGAAGUGGUGCUUCAGGAAGAGGAAGAGGAGGAGGAGGAGGUGGUUGGUGGAGAGGAAGUUGUCAUGUUGCCAGAGGUGGCGAUCAUCAUUAAGGAGGAGGCCCUUGAAACAAGUUUGGCAGGAGAAACUGUGACAUUAGUAGAUACAGGAGAUAUCACAGGCACAUCUGUGGCCACACCGUAGCAGUGAACUCAAACACUCAAACACUCAGGAAUUAGAUGCACUCUUCUAGUCUGUGUACCUGAAGUGUCACUUUGUAUUUAUUUAUUGUAAAUCAUAACCUUUUGUUUUUAACCAUAGGCUAUUUUAUGAAACCGUUAGGAUAAAUCUUAGUCAUUUAGAUGGCAACAACAAUGCUAAACUGUUCAGAUUGAUUGAUAAGCAGAGCAGACGCUAGAGGAACAAUUAUGAAAGUUAUGUUAAAUGGGUUUGUUCACCCAAAAAUAUUAUUUUGUCACCCUCAUGCCACUGCAAACUUCUAUACAUUUCCUCCACAUACAUUUGAGGAGAAUUUUUCAAAGAAUGUUGAUGUUGCUUUUUUUUUUUUUCUUAUAAUGAAGUGAAUGGUGACUGAGGAUGUUGAUCUCUAAAAUUCUACUUAACAUAAUCUUUUAGUGUUUCACAGAAGAAAGUAAGUCAUAUGGGUUUGAAAUGACCUGAAGAUGAGUAAAUAGUGACAGAAUUGCUAUAUUUGGGUGAACUUUUCCUGUAGUGCUUUUUAUUUGACACAUUAUAAACCUUCAGUCCAGUACACAAUGUUUACUAACUACAUCAUGGUGUACAUAACUGCCGAAUAUGACACUGAGAUGGAACGUCCCAGAAGGUUAACAGAAUGUUAAGAUGCCCAUAAACAGACAAUGUAAAAUAAAUGGAAGAACACCAAGCAUUCUUCAAAGAUAAGGCAGGAAUUCUUAACUUUGAACAGAAGUUGGCAUUGGGUGGUGUGAUAAUCAAAGUCGCUAUGUAUUUACUUAGGGAAUUUUUUUUUUAAACGCUUCAUCUGUAUUUUCUCUUUUUUUGUUCUUUUGAAUACACUAAAUCACCAUUUUCUUUUCAUUGUUUUGUGCUUUUAAAUGUCAUAAUGUCAUAAAAAGGUCAUAAUGCUAUUUAUUGAAUGGGUUUUUGGGUUAUUUGUUUUGCCAAGACAAUUAUUUUCCUUGCGCUGUUUUUCAGCAUCUUAUGCACAGAAUUUAAGAUUUAAAAGAUGUCAUCAGCUGCAGUGAUGUAUGGUUAAAAUGUUAAUCUUGCAUUAACAUUAUGUAAUAUGUAAUCCCUUAAAUGUAAACUAAGGAAUUGUUUUUUCAGGCCCAAAGCAAAUUAUGUUUACGCCUUUAAUUGGGAUUCACUUUUUAUAUUUUAAUGUGAUAAAAUACACAUUAUCACACAUUAAAAUGUGUUUGGGGCUUGGACAUCUGUUGGCUUUUUAGUCAGACACAAGCAGAUAAAGAUCAACAGUUUAUCUGUCAGUUUAAUUGUUUGUAUAUUUUUACACAUAUAUUUUUGUAAUGAAACACUAUUUGGGACUGUCUUAGUGCAGUUGUAUUUGGUUAUCUAUACGGUCAAAAUAAAAUUUUCUUUGAGGUUUGUUAUAUCUACUUGUUUUUUUUUAUUAUUUAAGAAGAAAUUUCAAGUGUGGUAAUUA